AUGGAGCUUCAAGAGAACGAGCGCCCUUACCAGGCUGAAUCAAAUCUCAUGCAACUUCCAGAGAAUAUCAUCUACCUCUUUCAAACCCAUCUUGACACAGCAGCCAGGAUUGCAUUCUCGCUUUCCUGCAGAGCUCUAUACGAAAGAUACUUUGCAGGCGCGCGGAAAGCUCGAAAAUCCGCAAGCGUCAUGGAGAAGCGGCGCAUCAUAGUCCUGCUAGAGAAAGACGUGGCCAAUCGCGAAUUCUUCUGCCCAUACUGCCGGCGUUUCCGAAGCUUCGGGCCAGGAUGGAGGGUGGGACUGGGUGCGUGUUCGUUCGAGACGUCCCACAACACGAACCCAUACGACCAUAGCCUGGCCAGCCAGCAGGACUCAUGUUCCGGCCGUUGGCUCAAAAUAAAUGAUAACCGGGGCCCUCAGUUCAGCUUUCAUCUCGGCAGGCUGGUGAUGAACCGUCAUGUCUUCGGGAAGGACUGUGGCUUGCCCCUGAGCUGCCUGGAGGUCACUGAUCUGCCUGUGAAAGCACAAGGUGAAGGCAAGUACGCCUUCACGUGGAAGCAGACCCAGCGGGCCAGAAUCAUACAUAAUCAACUCUACCUCCGCUGCACUCACGUGCUCGACCAAGCCGAGCAGGAGGGCAUAGACGCAGUGACCUUGAGGCACGGCCUCAAGGAACUGUCGCGCUACAACUUCUGCAAACACCAGCACACAGGCACCCAAGACGGCUCGUUCUUCAACCCAGAGCUUUUCAAGCGCUGGUUGCCGCUGGGCUCCUCUCGCUUGGAAGACAGGGACCAGUUCAUCGCACACUCGGGGAGCGAGUUCGGUUGCCCCGAAUGCGAGACGGACUACACGACAUCAGCUUGUUGGCGCGAGGCACCUCGCGGCAAGGGCAGCUGGGUCAUCCGGGUCGACGCGUACCACCAGCUGGGGUUCUUCCGGCACGCAAACGAUAGGAGUUACCGGCUCGCGUGCUCACGGGCACCGCUGCACUCGCCUUUUCCUCCAACAUCCUUGUUCGGGUUCAGCGUCGAACCGUUCCGCGGCGCCACCGGGCUGAUUUGGGCGAGCUGGCACGGCUCCAAGGCACCACCACCGUUGGUGGAUUGA